CAGCAGCAACAGCAGCAACAGCAGCAACAGCAACAACAGGAGCAACCAUCGCGGCUCCUGUUGCGGCCUUCAUGUCGACUGGCGCGGCGGCGGGCGAGAGCUCGGUCGCGGACAAGUACCGCCUCAAGAUCGAGCAGCGCAAGCGUGAACUCGCCGCUCAACAACAACAGCAGCAAGCCAACGGCCAGCAGGCGAGUGCACAGCCCACGGCGGCAGAUGCACAGUCGCAGCAGCAACUUGCAUGGGAAAAGGCGGAAGCGGAAAUCGUGCGAUUCUUUGAACGAACGCAACCAGGUUACGAGGCUGCCUACAAGGAGAUCCAAGCGAAGGAAGCCGAGUUUGCUCGCGCAGAAGCUGCCCGCCAAGCUGCCAACGAUCUGGUCGCACCAACUGCAGCGGCUGCCACUUCGACCUCCGCACCAACACCUACGCCCUCCGCCACACCGUCGGCAAAGGCGCUGAGUCCCGAAGCGCAGGCCGAAGCAAUCAAGAAGGCUCCAUUCUUGCCUUCCUACAUGCAACCGCUCAGCUCUCUCAUUCCAGCGGAUGUGAUUGCGAACGGCUCUCGCAGCGACAUCAUUGCGGCAUGGAACGCUGCACAUCUUGGCAAGCCCGAUCAUUUUGCCUCAGUCAUGCCGGCUGAAGCAUACCGUCGUUUAACGAGCCGCAGCCGCCGGAACUCUCGGUUUGUUCUACCGGUGCCUCGUGGAGAGGGCUUUGAGUGGAUGGUCGCAGAGUUCACCAACGCCUCGCUGCUGUUCACCUCGCUCCUGGACUACCAGACGCACCAGGAGCACGCAUCCUCGCUGCUCUCCGUGACCUUUUUCACCGACGGCGUUCUCGAAAAGCACGGCAUUGCCCUGCAGCGUGCGUACGCCGACCACAAGAAGCUUCCGCGCGAGUUGGCGGAAUCGCUCCUGAGGAACAUUGCCCACGUGUAUCUGGCGCCUGGCAGCACCGGUGCAGUCAGCAACAUUGCGCUCGCCCGACGUGGUCAGGGCGCAGAGGGCCUGUACGGGUUUGUCGAAACGUUCAACCAGCAGCCCAAACAGUUUGACUUUAACAUUUUGUUGGACGAGUUGAAAGCGCGCGGACUGCUGCAGUUGUAACGACGUCCGUCAUUCUUUGAGCCACAUACACACUCAAGCACAAAGAAUACACGGAGUGAAAAUGGAACCAAAAAAA